AUGAAAGUUUUUCAAUUUUUUGUGGUCGCUUGCGUUAUUUGUGGUGCUUUAGGAAAGCCAACUGAUAAUCAAUCGCCAGAAGAUCAACAACCUCAAAUUUCAGAUGAAAAUCAGUCAUCAGAAGAUCAACAACCUCAAAUUUCAGAUGAUAAUCAGUCAUCAGAAGAUCAGAAUAAUCAAAUUUCAACUAAAAAUUCUCAAGAAGAAUCCAAAAAUCAGUCGUCAAGUGAUAAAAACAGCUUAGAAGAUAAUCAAAAUGAUAAUCAAGAUUAUGACCAAAAUGAGUCCAACUCACAAAAUGAAUCCAGCACAACAGAUUCAAAUAAUGAGAGCACAACACCCAGUACAGAAAAUCCUGACCAGGAUAAUAAUGAAUUAGAUGAAAAUCAGUCAACCAACAUUGUUGAGUCAUCUACAGACAUUGAAGUAAAUAGCACAACUUCAAGUUCUACGGAAGAGCCUGAAAAUCAAACAAAUGCGCCAGAAACUAGCAGUUCAUCUUCUGAUUUACUUAAAAGUGAAUCUCAUCCAGCAAUAAAAAGUAAUGAUUUGUCUGGUUUUAUAUAUGCAGAAGAAGCAGAAGACGAGAAUGUUAAAGCAUUCGAUGAAGAUUAA